CCAACAUUGUUUGUUUGGUUUUACCUCGUAUUUCCAACAGUCAUUGUCGUUUUGUUUGCAGUUCGUAAGUUCGUAACUGUUGUUUGUACCGUGUUCACACGUGUUUAUCGUUUGUUUCGUUUGCCGUUUGGUGUUAGUUGAACUUGUCAGUCGUCCGUCGUCCGUUGUUUUUCGUUGGUUUCAGAUAAUUGUUAAGCAAUACCGCAUUGCCGCUAAAGCCAUCGUUAUAUCCCAGUGAUAAGUCCAUAGUUUUCACUUUUCUUCGAUCCCGACGUCUUAUACUGAGUAACUACUAUGAGUCCCAAAUACGUACGCGAAGAUUCCGAAUCAAAUGAUCAAUUCUCCGUUGAAAAAGUUCUUGCUAAACGUAUAAGACGCGGUAAAACAGAAUAUUUUUUGAAGUGGAUCGGGUAUCCUAAUUCUGAUAAUACCUGGGAACCCGCUCAAAAUUUAGACUGCCCGGAAUUAAUACAGGAAUUUGAAGAGUUGGAACUCAAAAAUAAGAAAUAUCAACAAGAGCGUAAGCGCAAACGCUCACUAUCUAGAGCAACUGCUUGUUCGACUGUUACAAGUGGUACAUCGUCAGCAGCUGGUUCGUCUUCAUCAAAAGCUGGUCCAUCUAAAGAAGUUAAAAGCACUUUUAUUCAAAAGAACAUUAAAUUGGAGAAGUCUGAUGAGAUCGAGCGUACAGUUGAUGGUGAACAAAACAGUGUGCCAGAGAAACAAGUAAAUGGUGUUAGCUUGAUGCCCAUACCAUGGCCUUCGCAAAAAGUACCAGAAAGAAUAAUUGGUGUUACUGAUGCUGGUGGUACUUUUUCAUUUUUAAUGAAAUGGGUGGGGAUUGAUGAAGCUGAGUUAGUCGUUUCUCGAGAGGCUCACGUGAUGUGCCCACAAGUUGUUAUCGACUUUUAUGAGAAAAAUGUUAUAUGGAAGCAUCCUGCAUCUAGUGUGGGUGAAAGUGCUUGUCAAUGUACUUGUCAUUUUAUUGGUAGAGAAGAUAAAGAUUAACUUUUAUAAUAUGGAUGUGGAUGACAAGUUUUAAAAAGAGACUUAUUUUAUUUUAUUAUUAUAUGUGACAGGUAUGCAUUACAAAUAAAAUUAUUAGUUCAUCAAUUACUAAAUAUUUAAUAGUUAGUAACUAAGUACUUUCAUAAAAUGGCUAUUUUUUUUUCAGUGAUAAUUUAAUAAUAGUAUUUUCAUAAAAUUUGUUUAUAUUUCAGUUUAUGUUAUUAAACUCAUAUUUAUUCGCUACAAACUUCUCAUCUGUCUUUGUUGAUACACAUUUAAACAUUGAUUCUUUAGCCAAGUAACUAAACUCUGAAACUAGCUAAUUUAGUCUCCACUGCCUUAGAUUUUUUUUAACACUAGUAGUUAUUGUAAUAUCAAUGUAAUAAAUAUUAAGAAUAUUAUAAUACCUAUAAACAAUAAACAAGCUUAAACGGGUACAUCAUAAAUAAGUAGUGUGUUGACAUGAAGAUACAUAGAUCAACAUAAUUAUUGUCAAAUCAAUGCACUACUUAUAGGCGUACGAGUAACAAAAAAGUUGUCUAUCUUUUGAAACAAAGUAACAAAUGUAAAUCAAUUUCAGAUAAGGCCAGUCUUAUACAGUGCUCGACUUGGCAAAAUUAAAGUAGGGGGACUCUGUAAACUUUUAAAAAAAGAGCGUCCCUAUCACUUUUUAAACAUAACUUCCCUUAUUCUCCCUCUUUAAACAUAUAAAAAAUAUUUAUAAAUUAUCAAUUACAAAAAAAAAAUUACUGUAAAUAUUAUAUUGUAUUUUAUAGUUAUACCUUUAUUACAUGUAACAACAAACUUAAAAGUAACUAAUAAAAAACAAUCCAUUAACUACUUAUUUAAAUAGUUCCAUAAAUUAUUAUCAAUAAACAAAUUGUCAAAAUUAUGAUGUUAUCUCGUGCAUUUUGAUAAAAUUGCAGAAUAAUGCAGCGUGACAGCAUUCCGUACAUUCUCCUUAUAAAUAUAAGUAGAGGUACGCUUAAAUUUCUGAAAAAUUAGUUGGGGUACUGCGUCCCCCCCCCCCAAAUCGAGCACUGGUCUUAUAUGAAGUGAUGUUUCCGUUAUAGCAGUUUAUAUGUAAGCAUAAAAUUUAUUAAUUUACCUGUUAUUAUGACUAACUUUUAUAAUUUUAAGGAUUUAUUAUUUUAAAUUAUAACAAACUGGCGCCCGGACAGGGAAGUCAAUUACAUUUUUAAAAAAACAUAAUUUUUAAUUAUAUAUUUUUAUACAUUUAUUUCUUUGUAUUUUUUUUUCUUUUAUAUUACCUAUCUAUUAUACACUUAUAUACUUUUUAAUAUUAUUUAAUAUUGUAAACUCUAAAUUUAUAAUUUGUUUUAUUUUAUACAUAUUUGGUCAUUCACAUCGCAUUUAAUACUGUAAAUGAGCU